AUGUCCCGACCAAAGGUCUUCUUCGAUGUUACCAUCGGUGGCCAAUCCGCCGGACGCAUUGUCUUCGAGCUAUACAAUGACAUCGUCCCAAAAACCGCCGAGAACUUCCGUGCUCUCUGUACUGGCGAGAAGGGAACCGGGCGUUCUGGAAAGCCUCUUCACUACAAAGGCAGUACCUUCCACCGUAUCAUCCCCAACUUCAUGAUCCAGGUAGGUCACGACGAGCUGCGAAUUUUUAUUUUUUAGGUACUCAGCUAAUCGAGCGAAGUGGACAUUAUAAUUGUACUAUUUUAGGGGGGUGACUUCACCCGUGGCAACGGAACUGGCGGUGAAUCGAUCUACGGCGAGAAGUUCCCCGAUGAAAACUUCAAGGAAAAGCACGUUGGCCCAUACCUAUUGUCCAUGGCGAACGCCGGCCCCAAUACCAACGGUUCUCAGUUCUUCAUCACCACCGUCAAGACGGAGUGGCUCGAUGGCAAGCACGUCGUUUUCGGCAAAGUUGUCGAAGGAACUGAUGUCGUGAAGAAGCUCGAGUCUCAUGGCUCUCAAUCCGGAAAGACUGCCAAGCCAUGUGCUAUUGCUGAUUGCGGUCAAUUGUAA